UAAGAAAUUUGCAGUGCGGCGUUCCUCUCAUCAGAGCUACAAAAAUCAUGAGCCUAACGUACUGCACGCAAGACGAUUCGAUCAGCACUUCGUGGCAAAACGGCGGCCUAUCACAUUGUUUCUUCUCGACUCUAAUGCCUUCACUCAUCGCAGCAUGGCUUCUACUGUCGGGAAUCACACACAUUCGAUCAGGCCGGAGAAAGCUGAGCAAAUCGAUGUGGAAUGGCUACGUUUUGCGACGCUUUGCGAGAUACUUCAUGGCACAGCGUGUGAUCUGUGUGUUGAUGGUUCUAUUGCGUUUCCUGGAUCUUGUCCUUAAAUCGAGUUUACAUCCGAUGCGAGUCAGUGGGUCGACUAUAUUGUCGGAUGGUCUGCUCAUUGGUUCGUGGGUGUUCACUGCUUAUUUGCUCAAGUUUGAAUUGGAGAGGUUGACACCGAGAGUUAAUCGUCACUGUGUUGCUACACUCGGGUUCUUUGCUCUCGUCACGAUUCGAGAUUGUCUGGCAUUUCUCGGGUGGAAUAAUCCGAGUUGGUUUUGGAUCGGUGUCGAGGGUCGUGGAGGACGCGAGACGGCGUCGCAGGAUGUCGCUGAUUUAGUCGUGUUUUGCUUCGAUUUGAUUGGCUGUUGUGUGUCAUUGAUCAUGGCUGUUGCGUCGCCGGCAUUUCGUGGUCGGAAGUCGGUGCAGUUGAGAAUGGAUAUGCUUUGCAUGAAUAAGGAUGGUGACGAUGAUGUUGAAGGUGGCGGUGAGGAGAUUCGGGGUUUGAGUAAUAAGUCGACGUUUCGGAAUUUGUGGACGAAGUGCAAGCAGCUUGCUCCGUAUUUGUGGCCGAAGAAGCAUUGUUGGUUGCAGCUGGCCGUUAUAUUUUGUGUGGCUUGUUUGGCUGUUGGACGAGUGGCCAACCUUUUUGUACCAAUUUAUUAUAGAGAAAUAGUCAACAGCUUGACACCAUUGAUAGGGAUUAACGGAUCGCAGCAAGUGCCUGAACAUGGUAGAUAUCAAAAGGUUUCGUUUCCAUGGAAAAGUGUUCUUAUCUAUGUGGCACUUCGUUGUUUACAAGGCGGCGGCGGUGGCAGUAUGUCUGUUAUUAGUAACUUGCGUGUUUCGGCUUGGACUCCAGUACAGCAAUACACCAGUCGUUCUAUACAGGUUGACUUGUUGAGACAUUUGCAUGGUCUUUCCCUUCGAUGGCAUUUGUCUCGGAAAACGGGCGAAGUCCUUCGUAUCGUUGACAGAGGAACGAACAGUGUCAACAAUCUGUUGAACUAUAUUUUAUUCAAUAUUCUACCAACUGUUGUGGAUAUUGCAGUUGCUGUUGUGUAUUUUGGUAUUGAAUUUGAUAUCUACUUUGCAUUGAUUGUGCUCACUACCAUGCUGCUGUAUUUAUUGUUUACGUUUAUUGUUACCGAAAUGAGAACGAAGUUUAGAAGAAAUAUGAAUGAGAUGGACAACGAGAGCCGUCAGAAAGCAGUCGACUCGCUUCUCAACUUUGAAACAGUAAAGUAUUAUGGAGCCGAAGAGUAUGAAGUGAAUCGAUUCAAAGUGUCUGUAUUGGCAUAUCAGGUGGCAGAGAGAAAGUCAAUUUUCUCAUUAGUUGGACUGAAUUGUGGUCAGAAUGUCAUCAUCACAUGCGGACUGCUAGCUGGUGGGUUGCUAUGUGCACAUCGUGUUUCAGAAGGAAUAUAUGAGGUUGGUGAUUUCGUUCUCUUCAUUUCCUACAUUAUUCAACUAUACCAGCCACUCAACUUCUUCGGCACCUACUACAGAAUGAUUCAGCAAGCAUUUGUUGACAUGGAGAAUAUGUUUGACCUACUCAAAGAGAAUCAAGAGGUAAAGGAUGAGUCUGAUUGUAAACAACUUCAAUUGUCUCACAAGCAGAUUGAAUUUGAUAACGUUUCAUUUUCUUACGUGCCGAGUACUGCUGUGCUGCGGAACAUAUCAUUUGUUGUCAAUCCUGGAGAAACGCUGGCUUUGGUUGGUCCAUCCGGAGCCGGAAAGAGCACAAUCAUACGUCUCCUAUUUCGAUUUUAUGACCUACCAUCCAGUGGAGGUCGUAUCUUUGUAGACGGCCAAGAUAUUGCAACGGUGACUCAAAAAUCGUUAAGAAAACUGAUUGGUGUUGUUCCACAGGAUACGGUCCUCUUUAAUGCCGAUAUUCAAUACAACAUUAGGUAUGGCAGGGUUGAUGCAUCAGACGAAGAGGUUGAAGAAGCAGCAAGAGCUGCCGACAUACACGACCGUAUUCUCUCAUUUGCUGAAGGGUAUAAGACGGUUGUCGGAGAGAGGGGGCUCAAGCUGAGUGGAGGGGAGAAGCAACGAGUAGCGAUUGCGAGAACGGUUUUGAAGACACCCGAGAUUGUUCUGUUGGAUGAGGCAACGUCGGCUCUCGAUACACACACUGAACGUAACAUACAGGCGUCGUUCACUCGAGUGUGUGCGAACAGGACGACAAUAAUGGUGGCUCACAGGUUGUCAACUAUCAUACACGCUGACCAAAUCUUAGUCCUCAAAGAUGGCCACAUCGUUGAGAGAGGACGACACGACAAGUUACUAGCACUCGAUGGAUUGUACGCAAGCAUGUGGCAGGAGCAGCUGCAAGCAGCCGAGGAUAUCCCUUUGCCUCAACAGAGUGAAGGCUAAGCAAGUUGGGUUGAAGAUACGCAUGAGAUUGGUGUCUCAUACGAUGCUACUGUAUCUACCAGUUAGUGAAUAGUUGAUAUCAAUCUUAAUAGCGAUGUAAUAUGUA